UCGAGCAUAUUCCGCUGAUGUCCGCCGAACGGUGCUCACGCAGAAGCACCGCGUGAACAUUACAACGUCAAUAGUGUUUCUUUUGCUCCUAUUCUCAAAGAAAUACUUCAAAUCGUAUUCUACGUAUGGUAGUGCUUUCGUGAAGGUGAAUAAUUCUGUGCGUGAAUGUGUGCCAGUGUAUGAAACCAGCGGCAGGAGGGUGUUGUUUCUGGUGUUGCCGUUCCGUGUGUGUGUUUCAGCCUGUUGUGUAAUGAGCAGUACCAGCGAGCCCGGCACGAGAUCGGUCGUGGUCUAGUGGGGCAAAAGGUUAAAAAUUGCAAGCUGUGCAAUCGUGCAGUGUAUGCAUGUAAACGUGCGGUUUUCCUGUCGUUCGCUGCCGUCGAUAUCGGUUCCGUGCUAGAGUGGCUGGGCAACGCCUGUGCCAAGGGCGUUGCGGUAGAACGCCAGUAAAACCGGGCAAAAAUUCAAAAAGAAAUAGCAAAAAGUGCGGUGUGAGCAGUAACGAGGGUGAAAAGUGUGCGGGGCGGGUGGUGCGUCCGGCGUCGGGACGCGCAACGUGACGAGCAAAAAGGCGCCAGCAUGAUGUACGCCAGCAGGAGAAGUGAUCGUUCUCGUCCUGGCUCUCGUUCUGUCCCGACGAUCGACGACGGCUGGGAACGGGCAGAAUACCUUCAGCAGCAGCAACAACAGCCACCCCAACAACAACAACGACAAGGCCAAAGAGAUGGUCGCGUCCGUCCAUCGCCGAUCAGUCGCGCGUACGCCAACGCGCGACUUCUGGUUUCACUUGGCACGUUGGCAUUGUUGGUGACGGUGGCGGCAACGGUGGUGCCGGCGGGGGGUGUGUCAUUGACCGGAUCCAACAUUGCCAGUGUGCAAAUUUCAGGUGCAAGUGCAGCACGAUGGACGAAGGCCACCGAAACCGGUUCCAAUCUGCGGCGGGUGCCACGGUCGUCGAUCGUACCGGGCAGGAAAGAGGCGCCCAUAACAUCAGCGCCCGAAGAAACAGAAGCAACCUGUUCACAAACGCAGUUCACCUGUAUGAUGGAUGGCAAAUGCAUACCUGCCCUCUGGAGAUGUGAUACGUCCGCCGACUGCUCGGACGGCUCGGAUGAAGUCGGUUGUGAUAAAGCACAUGCUUGCAACGAAGGUAUGUUUCACUGUAAGGUGUCCAAUCGGUGCAUCCCACACGAUUGGACGUGCGACGGUGACGUAGACUGCGGAUUGAUGGAGAAGUACCACAUGGUGGACACGUCGGACGAAGAUCCACAGCUGUGCCGGGCACACAAAAAGUGUCUCCCAACGCAGGCCCUCUGUGGCGAUGGCAAGUGUUUGGAGAUCGAUCGGUUUUGUGAUGGAAGCUGGGAUUGCAGCAAUGACGAGCUGAACUGCACCAGCAACAACACAGCAACGGCCAGCGCGCCGACGAGCGCUUGCGAUGCGCUCAAGUGUUCCUACGACUGUCGGUUAACGCCCGAAGGUCCCAAAUGCUUCUGUGCCAAGGACAGUCAACCGAAUGGGAAUGUGUGUGAAGAUUUCGACGAGUGUCAGAUCGAGGGUCUGUGCGAUCAGUUGUGCAAAAAUCAGCACGGAUCGUAUCAGUGCAGCUGCACCACGGGGUACGUGAAGCAGGGUAACACGUGCACUGCUGUCAACUUGCCCAAGGACGAACCUGCUUCACUGUUGUUCGCCACAUUCAACAAAGUGCAGAAAGUUUCUAUCAGCAACCGGACCGCGGUUCUGGAACGAUAUUCUGCUUCACAUGACACCGACGAGGGGGAAUAUCUGAAGCAGUCUUUCCCACGCAUCCGCGCUCUGGAGAUGGUGCAUCGUAAUCGUACGUUUUGUCUUGCGCGUAUCAAGGGCAAAUCGCUGCUAGAGUGCUACAGUGUUGACAACACCUCGCUCAGCUGGACCAUGCCGCGUCCGGACCUCUUUCCCAAUCUCGAAGACAUUGUCGACAUUCGGCUCGACUGGGUGUCCGGCAACUGGUACUACCUUGACCAGCAGCGCGAAAUCAUCUUCGUCUGUUCGCCCCAGAUGGUACACUGUGCAAUCGUCGUCGAAGCCCUGUCCGAAGUACUGCGGCCACGCCGGAUGGCACUCGAUCCCACGAAAGGAUUUCUGUUCUUCUCCAAAUGGGGUAGCGGCGAUGUCAGCAUCGAAAGGUCACUGCUCGAUGGUACCAACAGGAGCUCGAUUGUGCAGAACAAAAUCAUUACGCCACUCGACAUUGCGCUUGAUUUGGUGAUGCAGCACGUCUACUGGGUAGACACACAUCUGGACACGGUGCAGCGUGUAAACUACGACGGCAGUGGUCGCUGGUUUCCGAAGCGAAGCACAAACUUCAUGUUCCACUUUCAAACGCUCUACGCGCUGGAUGUGUUUGAACGCACGAUUUACAUGGCGUCCUGGCAAAAUGGUAGCAUAGUGGCGCUAAACGGUACCACCGGCGAGGCGCGAAUCGUUGUCCCGAACGCUUCCCAUGCUGUGCAUCUACACGUGUUUCAUAGGCAAAAGCAGCCGGAAGUGGCGCAUCCUUGUCGCAUUCAAAACGGUGGCUGCGAUCAGUUGUGCAUACCAGUGUGGAAAAAAAUCGGCGUGGCCAUUGCACAAUGCAUGUGCUCUCCGGGCUACCGGUUAAAGACAAAAUCACAAUGCGUACUCAUCAAAAGACCAACGUUUCUACUGUACGCCAAAACGAGCCCCGCCAUGAUAAGAGGCUUUGCUGUCGGUAUCAAGUCCCAGGAAGCAAUCGUGCCCGUUACCAAUCUCGGUGGUCACAUCACGUUCGACUACCAUGUGGAAGACCAGCUAAUCUUCUUCUCCCACAGCAACAAAGACUCUCCUUCAUUUCGAAUAGAAGCCCAAAAAUUGGACGGUACUGGCCGAGAACUGAUAUUGGAAAGUCCUGGUUCGUGUGAUGGCAUUUCCUACGAUUGGUUGGGCAACAACAUUUUUUGGACUGAUUCCGACAGAAACCACAUCUCUGUGGUAAAGUUAGGACCUAAACGAUCGCGCUACACAGUACUGCGACAUCUAUACGCGCCCAAAUCGAUUGUGGUGGAUCCAAAGCAAGGCUGGAUGUACUGGUCGUCGUGGUCAGUUCCUGGCGGUCGCAUUGAUCGUGCGUGGAUGAGUGGCUCUCAGCCGGAACAGUUGGUAGGCAGCAAGGAGCGUCCGAUCGAGUGGCCCACGGGCCUUUCAAUCGAUACAAUCCAGAAGCGGCUGUACUGGUGCGAUGGACGACUUAAUGUGAUCGAAAGCGUCAAUCUUGAUGGCAGCAAUCGUGUGCUGCUCUUCGAUGGACGAUCACAAAACCGAUUCCCCGUCGCCCUAGCCGUCCAUCGCCAGCUAGUUUAUUUCGCAGAUAAUGUAAAGGGUCAUAUCGAGAAGCUUAACUUGAGCGAUCCGCUCGCGCUAGAAACUAUUGCGAUAGAAAAACCGCAAGUUUUGGGUCUCAAGAUCUUCGACAACCUCACCCAGUACGGUGGAAAUGGACGAAAUACGUGCGAGAUAGACUGUCCUGGAAUCUGCUUAAAUACUCCCGCUGCAAUUGCCAGCUGCAAGUGUGAAGACGGUCAGAUAUUGUCGCUCGCAACCGAUGGGACACCAGUGACUUGCGUACCCUUCAAUCUGCAGCACUCACUCGAGACGUGCAACAAUACUACACAUUUCCUGUGUCGCAAUAAAGUCGACUGCAUUGAGAUCAAGUACACCUGCGAUGGCGAUCGGGACUGCGAGGAUGGCAGUGACGAGGAAACAACGCCCGAUGGGCCAUGCGACCCAAACUGUGAUCUUGAGCACAAUUUCAAGUGUGACGAGCAGAGAUGCAUCAGCCGAGUGCAUGUGUGCGAUGGAUCAGUGGACUGCAUCGACGAAAGCGACGAGGACUACAUUAACUGCCCGAACAAAACGUGCAGCGAACAUUUCUUCCAGUGUGAAGUGAGCCAUCGAUGCAUACCGAACACAUGGGUAUGCGAUCGACACCUGGACUGCGGACCGAACGAUAAUUCGGACGAGCCAGAACACUGCCACAAGUGUCCGGAGUUUGAGUGUAGGAACGCUGCCUGUGUGCCGUUUGAAUUUCUCUGUGAUGGAGUCGACAACUGUGGCGACCGAUCUGACGAAACACAGUGCGAUGUCGAGUGUGGAGCAAACGAAUUCUUCUGCAGCCCUCACGGUUGCAUCGAUCGUUCGCUAAUGUGCGAUCCUAAGCUCAACUGCUUAAAUGCAUUCCACGAGUGUGACAAACAUGCUAAAGCCGGUACCAACGCGACAACCGAUCCCAGCAUUCCUGUUCGUUCGGAAUCGGAAUUAAAAGAUCUUUGCAGACAGGAUCUGAAGAUCAUCUGUGGUGGUGACAAACAGUGCGAAGAAAACUACAACCGUGCGUGCCAACGAAUGGAGUUCGGACCGUUCAAUGAAACGAUGACCUGCCAUCAUCCGGACCGGCUGUGUCGGAUAACGAACGAGUGUAUUAAGGUGGCGCAGCUUUGCAACGGUCGCACCGACUGUCCCGAUGGCACGGAUGAAGGGUUUCUGUGCGAAGAGAAAAAAUGUGAUAAGUAUAACGAUUGUUCUCACUCGUGCCAUAACGCUCCGGAGGGGUUGGUAUGCUCCUGUCCACCUCACCUAUUUCUGCAACCGAAUGGGCGCGACUGUGGUCAUGACCAUGCUUGUGACACAUGGGGUACCUGUUCGCAAAUUUGCACGAAAACUGGAACACAUUACCGGUGUAGUUGCGUGGAGGGCUACACGCUUACGUACGAUAAGUUUACCUGCCGUAGUAACAACGCUGAUUCGCCUUACGUGAUAUUUAGCAACCGACAGGAGAUCCUCGGUUUCGAUCUGAACACGCUCGGUGUUAGAAGCUUCUAUACGUCGUUGCGAAACACGAUCGCAUUAGAUUUCCUGUACCGUAACGAUUCCAUCCAGAUAUUCUGGUCGGAUGUGAUGGACGACAAGAUUUAUCGAGGCACGCUGAAGAACGACACAUUGAGCAACGUCGAGGCAGUGGUCCAAUCGGGACUAUCGACGGCCGAAGGUCUUGCGGUGGAUUGGAUUGGCAUGAACAUCUACUGGAUCGAUUCGAACCUUGAUCAAAUCGAAGUGGCCAAGACGAACGGUAGCUUCCGGCGAACGCUGGUGGCUGGGGACAUGGUGAAUCCACGAGCGAUCGCACUUGAUCCGAUGGAAGGCGUUCUCUUCUGGACCGACUGGGAAGAAGGCUCGCCAAGGCUCGAGCGAUGCACAAUGGCUGGAGAAAACCGCACGGUAAUCAAAUACGUCGGAUCGGAUGGUGGUUGGCCGAACGGGAUCGCCCUAGACUACAUUCCGAGACGUGUGUACUGGAUUGAUGCACGGUCGGACUCAAUUCACACGAUCACCUACGAUGGGCAGGACCACCAUCUUGUGAUCAAAGAUCAGGGUGUGCUGGCACAUCCGUUCAGCAUCACCGUGUUCGACAACUACGUGUACUGGACCGAUUGGCGCACAUACUCCGUCAUACGGGCCAAUAAAUGGAACGGUACGGAUGUAGCUGUGAUCCAGAAGACGCAAAGUCAACCAUUCGGAAUACAAAUUCUACACUCCAGCCGACAACCAAACUCUCAGCCAAACCCUUGUGCCGUGAACAAUGGAGGCUGCUCCCAUUUGUGCCUGUUAAGCGUUGGUUUGCGACAUGAGUGCGCUUGUCCACACGUAAUGCGUCUUCACGAGGAUCGCAUGCAGUGCGUCCCGAACGAGGAAAUCUUACUGUUUGUGGUGCUGACCGAAAUCCGAGGCGUUGAUCUUCAGCAGCCAGCGCAUUACACAAUUCCGACCAUCAGUCACCAGACGCAGGUUGUGCAGCCUUCCGUGCUUGAUUACGAUAUCAGUGCCGCGCGGCUGUACUGGAACGAUAUUCAGCUGAAUGAAAUAAAAUCAUCCGGUUUGGCUACGGGACCGAUCGAAACGAUCCUCGAUACGGACGUCUCGCAUUCGCUUGGAUUUGCGGUGGAUUGGAUCUCGAAGCUGCUCUACUUUUCAACCGGUAACGAAACACACAGCCGCAUUAUGGUUAGCAACCUGAAUGGCGAAUAUGUUACGGAGAUCGCUGAUGAUUUGACUUUGGUCAACAGUCUAGUUGUGUAUCCGACAAGAGGAAUGAUGUACUUUGCAACGAUGAGCGAAACGCCCAAAUUGUACGAACUUUACGCCAGCCGUAUGGACGGUUCCGAGCGCCAGUUGAUCAGCAAUUCAACGUUCUACCCGGUUGAUAGUUUGGCGCUCGAUUUUGAAACGAACCGAUUGUAUUACAUUUCAUCAAGACCCGGCGAAAUCUACUACUACGAUAUUGGCAGUGGCAAGAUCAUUCAAGUGCUUUCGUCUCACCAAGACAGCCACCCCAUCAGUACGAUCACAAUCUACCGCGAUUCGAUCUACUACGAUGACAAUCAUGAUGGUCGCAUAAUGCGGUGCAAUAAAAAUCUUUGCCAGAAUCCCGUCUCCGUGAGGAACAACACGAGCGGGCUCAAUGCGAUCCGAAUGUACCAUCCCGGGGCGCAGAGUGGAACAAACUCGUGCCAGAAGCGAACAGACGGAACCUCGGCAACAGGCUGUGAACAUCUCUGCAUCCCAGUGUCCGCUCAAAGCCACGUUUGUCGCUGUGCGAUAGGCUACAAAAGCGAUCCGCGCAACGCAUCACGCUGCAUCGGAUUGGACGACAUUUUGGUGUAUUCGAUUGGUCAUCAGCUCAGAGGCAUUGCAUUGUCCCUAUCCGCAGAAUCCGUGGGCUCACAACCACGGAACCAGGAUCAGGAUAGCCUUGGACCACUGCAGCAAAUUUCUUUGGCCACUAGCAUCGAUUUUCAUGUCGCGCAUGAUUAUGUGUACAUUGCUGACACCGAUCGGGGAUCAAUCACACGCAUCAAGCGGGAUGGUAGUGCACGGGAAGUAAUCAUCAGCAACUUCGAGCAGGUCGUCGAUGGCAGCACACUCGACUGGUUAGGGGGCAUUGCCAUCGAUUGGGUGGCCCAGAACAUCUAUUGGACGGACCAGAAACGGAACUUGAUUGAGGUGGCACGGUUGAACGGAAGUCUUCGGUACGUGGUCGCUUCGGAUGUGGAAAGCCCCCAGUUGCUGGCGAUUGACCCAAUUCAGGGUUACUUGUUUUACGUAACGCGCGGAACGAUUGGCCGAAUGGGAUUGGAUGGAUCGGGCAACUUCAUUCUGGUCAACCGUACCUCCGGAAUUAGUGAUCUUGCCCUGGACCUCGAAAAUCAAGUAGUCUAUUGGUGCGAAACGAGCACCGAUACCAUCUGGAAGGUGGACUACGACGGUAACUUGAAGCGACUGUUAUUGAACGGAACCUCGCACAACCCGAAAUCGUUGGACAUCUUUGCCGACUCCAUUUAUUGGGCAGAUUCGCGUGGCAACAUUUACGAGGCCGGCUUGAGCAACGUUUUUAGCUACAGAAUUGUGGUGGAAGCGUUGGAGGUGUCCUCGCUGAAAGACAUUAAAGUAUUCUCCAGUCGCAAGCAAAGCAAAACCAAUGCCUGCGGAACAUCAAACGGAGGCUGCCAAGAGCUUUGCCUGUUCAACGGUACGCAUCCCAUAUGCGCCUGCUCACAUGGUAAAAUAUCAUCGGCCGAUUUAAAGACCUGCGAGCCGUAUGAAAACUUCCUACUCUUCUCGCGCCAAUCCGCAAUCGAAAGCAUACACAUGACGGAUGCGAGCAAUAUAAAUGGGCCCAUACCGGAAAUUAAGAAUGCAUCCUAUCUGAAAAACACCAUAGCCCUCAGCUACGAUUACGACCAGCAGCUUAUUUUCUACUCAGACGUGGAUCACAGCACAAUCAACUGUGUGCACUUUAAUGGCACCAACCAUCGACGCAUCGUGACGAAGCAACUCACCGUAGAAGGACUCGCAUUCAACAUGCUCACGCGUGUACUGUUUUGGACAUCGAACAAUGAGGCGGCAAUCCGAUCGCUGGACCUGAACAAUGCUUCUCUCUCCGAUCCGACAGCAAACGCGGCGCUGGUACAGGACGUGAUAAAACUCCGCGCUACAGACAAGCCACGCGGAAUCGCCGUUGAGCCGUGUCUCGCGAUGGUGUACUGGACAAACUGGAAUCAGCAGGCCGCCUCAAUACAGCGUGCAUAUCCGUCGGGAUACGGUUUGGAAAGCAUCAUCACCUCCGACAUCCAAAUGCCGAACGCGCUGACGCUAGACUACCAGGCGCGUAAACUGUACUGGGCCGAUGCGUUCCUGGACAAGGUCGAGCGGACGGACUACGACGGAAAACAUCGUGUGGUUCUGGCACACUCCGCCCCGAAACAUCCAUUUGCACUGGCCGUGUUUGGGGAUCUGCUGUUCUGGACGGAUCUCACCGUGCACGCGGUCGUUCGGGCAAACAAAUAUUCCGGCAGUGACAUCGUUUUGCUGCGCCGAGACAUUGCACAACCGAUGGGAAUCGUGGCUGUGCAAAAGACAGACAAGGAAUGUGCCGCCGAUCCGUGCCAGGUCAUGAACGGGUUCUGCGAAGACACCUGCUUGACCGAUGCGUCCGGAAAGGUUGAAUGUCAUUGUACGCAGGGCGUGCUUGCUUCCGACGGUCAGCGCUGCAUUCCGAAGUCGGUCAGCAACUGUUCCUCUUCCGAGUUUAGCUGCACCAACGGAAACUGUAUACCGUUUCAUCUCACGUGCGAUUCCAUCAAGCAGUGCCUGGACGGAUCGGAUGAGCUACCGACUUUCUGUGCGUACAGACCAUGUCCGACAGGGUUUUUCCGAUGCAACAAUGCGCGCUGCAUUCCGCAAAACCAGCAGUGUAACCACAUACAGAACUGUGGCGACGGCAGCGACGAGGCUGGGUGUAGCUGCAACAGCUUAACGCACUUCCGAUGCGCAAACGGGCAAUGCAUCGUCAAAUCGAUGCGCUGUGAUUAUGAGCCCGACUGCAAGGACGUAUCGGACGAGAUCGGAUGUCCAGUGAUGCGCAGCUGCAUGACCGGAUUUGUCAAAUGUGCCAACACGACUGCCUGCUACAUGCCGACCUGGCGCUGUGACGGUGAGAACGAUUGUUGGGACAACUCGGACGAGCAGGAUUGCCCGACGGCGAUCCCAACCUGCCCGGAGGAUAAAUUCCUGUGCGCGAACGGGCGCUGUAUACCACAGUCGUGGCGCUGUGACGACGAGGACGACUGCACGGAUGCGCAUGGAGGGGGCUUGAGCUCGGAUGAGGUGGCGUGCGUGAAGCACUGUAAACCAAACCAAUUCAAGUGCACAAACACCUCGGAGUGUAUCUCGAACAGCUGGCAGUGUGAUGGCCACCCGGACUGUGCCGAUGGCUCGGAUGAGGGUGAGCAUUGUUCGAGACGCGAUUGUCCCGAAACGGAGUUCCAAUGUCCGACGACAAACCGGUGCAUUCCCCAGAAGUGGGUGUGCGACGGUGAUGUCGAUUGCGGUGCCACCCAGGACGACGAGAUGGGCUGCGACGACAUGAUGCUGAACGUGUGCGAUAAGACGUCGUUCACGUGUACGAAUGGUGAGUGCAUCAGUCUGCUGGCCGUGUGCGAUGGAGAGCAGGACUGUGUCGACGGUUCGGACGAGCCACUGUACUGCAAGGAAGAUGAGGAUGGGUUCGACGAGGAUGAGGAUUCGAGCGACCUGCUGUGUGGCGAUACGGACCAGUUCCGCUGCAAUAAUGGCAAAUGUAUCGCUCGCAACCUCACCUGCAACGUGAACGAUGAUUGCGCGGACGGAUCGGACGAAGAUAUUCGGUUGUGUCGCAAUACGACGCUGAUCUGUGCCGGGCCCGAUCUGUUCCGGUGCGAAAGUGGAGCAUGUAUCGUCAGCAGCAUGCUGUGCGACGGAGCGAAUGAUUGUGGCGACUGGAGCGACGAGAAGUCGUGCCAGGUAAACGAGUGUGAGAUGAUUCCGGAUCUAUGUGCACACGACUGUGAAGAUCUUCCCGUGGGCUAUGAAUGCGUUUGCAGGAAGGGUUUUCGGGUGAAUGUAAACGACAAGCACCUGUGUGUAGAUGUGGACGAAUGUACGGAACAGCAACCGCGACCGUGCAGCCAGACCUGCGUCAAUACGCACGGCUCCUACCACUGUUCGUGUUUGGAAGGGUUCGUGCUGCGGGACAACGAUACCUGCCGCGCGGAUGGAGACCAGAUCAUCGCGCCGAAACUCAUCUUCUCCAACCGGUACUAUCUGCGAGAAGUGGAUUUCAGCGGCGGAAUGACAAUUCUUGCACACAAUCUCACCAACGCCAUAACGCUGGACUUUGAUUGGCAGGAGCAAUGCUACUACUGGUCGGAUGUGACACGCACGGUCACCACAGUGAAGCGAAUGUGCGACAAAAGCGAAACCGGCGAAGACAAUCAUACCGUCGAGGUGGUACAUAGAACUAAUCUGAAGAAUCCCGAAGGACUGGCAGUCGAUUGGGUCGGCCGGAAUUUGUACUGGUGCGAUAAAGGUCUCGACACGAUCGAGGUGUCGAAGCUGGACGGAAGAUAUCGGCGGAUCUUGAUUAACAAGGACCUGCAGAAACCUCGAGCAAUUGCACUCGAUCCCUAUCGGCGCAACAUGUACUGGACCGACUGGGGAGAUCAUCCGCACAUCGGCCGGGCCGGUAUGGACGGAAGCAAUCAAACGAUCUUGAUCAAAGACCAGCUCGGCUGGCCAAACGCGCUCACGAUCAGCUUUGAAACCAAUCAACUGUUCUGGGGCGAUGCUCGUGAAGAUUACAUCGCCGUGUGUGAUCUGGAUGGGACAAAUGUGCGCAUGCUGCUGACGCGAAAUCGACAGCCGGCGCUCAACUUGCACCACGUAUUCGCGAUCGCCGUCUGGGAGGAUCGUAUCUACUGGUCGGAUUUGGAUUCGAAAUCGAUCGAGUACUGUCACAAGUACCGGGGCGAUGGUUGCGGUACGCUCAUCAACACCAUACAUCGCCCGAUGGACAUUCGAAUCUAUCAUCCCUACCGGCAGAAGCAACCCGCCGUUAACCCAUGCGAAACGGCCGGCUGCCAAACGCUGUGUGUUCUUUCGCCUGAACCAGCCGGCUACCGGUGUCUUUGCCCGGAUAACUUUAUCCUGGCGGCGGACGGGAAGAGCUGCGUGGCAAAUUGCUCGGCCGCACACUUCCAGUGCCGGGAUACGUUCAAGUGCAUUCCAUUCUAUUGGCGCUGUGACAAGCAGGACGACUGUGGGGACGGCAGCGACGAACCGGAGGACUGCCCCACGUUCACCUGCGAAGCGGGCCAAUUCCAGUGCCUCAACAAACAUUGUAUUAAUCCGAGCCAAAUCUGUGAUGGCAUCGAUCAGUGCGGCGAUCUUACGGACGAGCGAGACUGCGAUCAGUUCGAGUGUUUCAGCUCCCAUUUUAAGUGUGGUGCGUCGGCGGCCAAGAAUACGAGCGCGUUCUGCAUAGAAGGUGCCCGGCGCUGCGAUGAAGAAGUCAACUGUCCGAACGGUGAAGAUGAGCGGGACUGUGAGCCGAAAAUCUGUACCUCCACCCAGUUCCGCUGCGCAAACGGUGGCAAGUGCAUCGAUCGGACGUGGGUUUGCGAUAACGUGCCGGACUGUCACGACGGUUCGGACGAGCAGGUUUGCGGUCCGGCCACCACCUGCCCUGAGCACGAGUUUCGCUGUAGCGAAGGCCGCUGCAUACCGCAGUCGUGGCUGUGUGACGAUGAGAACGACUGUGCGAACGGGGAGGACGAAACGGAGAACUGCAAGAAACCGGAAGCGAUCACGUGCGAACCGACCAACUUCCGAUGCAACAACUCCAAAUGCAUACCGGGCAGAUGGCGCUGCGAUUUCGAAAACGACUGCGGCGACAACUCGGACGAGAUGAACUGUGAGCUGCGCAACUGUUCCGAGUCGGAGUUUCGCUGCCGCGACGGGCAUUGCAUACGCGGAAUCCGACGGUGCGACAACGAGUUCAACUGUGCCGAUCAUAGCGACGAGGAAAACUGUAACGUUACCUGUGGCGCGGAUCAGUUCAAGUGCAAAAACCACCCGGCCUGUAUUAGCAACAAAUUUAAAUGCGAUGGCGAUAACGACUGCAUCGACGAAUCGGAUGAAGAGGAUUGCGAAUGCCAAGAGGGCGAAUAUCGGUGCAACAAUGGGAAGUGCAUUCUCGGCAGCUGGGUGUGCGACGGCAUUGACGAUUGUCUGGACAACUCGGACGAAAUGGGCGGGUACUGCAAGGAGCACGGCUGUAACAAGCGUGCCUUCCGCUGCGCUAAUCGAAACUGCAUACGAAAGAGCUUGAUGUGCGACAACAAGGACGAUUGCGGCGACAACAGUGACGAGAAGAGUGCGCUCUGCCAGAAGUGUCCGCCAAACUCGUUCCGCUGCAACAGCGACUCGAAGUGCAUAGACAUAGCGCUGCGCUGCGAUCAAACGCCACACUGUUUGGACGAGUCGGACGAGAUUGGGUGCAUCAAAACGGGCUGUGGGUUUGGCGCAUGCAGCCAGAUCUGUGUGGAGAAGAAGGGCCACUUUACCUGUCGCUGUGCGGAAGGAUACGCGAAGAGCGGGACGGGACGCAAUGCAACGUGCGUGGCGGUGGACGAACAGGGCAUCUUGCUUGUGGCCUCGGAAUCCGAUUUCCGCAGCCUCUAUGUGGACACACCGGUGAUGGGUUACCUGCAGACUUCUUCGCUGAAGAUUGAUCGGUUUGACUUUGCGAUUACCCGCCACAACAUCACUCUGUUCUGGAUCGAUAGCUACGACACGAGCAUCAACAAGAUACUGAUGGACACGACGGUCAAGGAUGGCGACUACUCGCAACCACCGCCGAGCAAGAAGAAACACUCCCGUCGGGAUCUGCCCGCACCGGCACCACCCUCGUAUGAUCGCAUCAAAACGCUGGACGGUAAACACUCGUCGGUGGUGCUGAAAGACGACGAAAUCGUACCGAUCGCUAUCGCGUGCGAUUGGCUGACGGAGCGAUUGUACGUGAUCAACAAGAAGCGCAGCAACAUCUUCGUGAUGAGCUUCAACGGUACCGAUCACACCACGCUGACGGCUACCGGCAAGCAUCCGAUUGAUCUGGUGGUAGAUCCGGUGAGUGGCUUCAUGGUGUGGUCCAUCAUGGAAACGAUCAUCAGCUCGGGCAUGGACGGUCACGCCAAGCAAAAGCUUGUACACACCAACGUGGAGUGGGCCUCGGGGUUGGCCAUCGAUACAAUUACGAAACGGCUGUACUGGGCAGACUACCGAAAGUCGACCAUUGAAACGUGCCUUCUGUUGACCGGCGGCGAUCGUCACGUGAUAGCCGAGCUGCACGAUUACUCCAAGCCCAAGCUGCUGGACGUGUUCGAGGAUAGCGUGUAUGUCAUCCUGUACAAUCAGAACAUUCUGAAGCUGAACAAGUAUGGCCGGGACAAUGGAACAUACAUGAAUGAGGAAGCUCGCGGUGCCGGCGGUUCCGGUGGCUAUCGGUCCUCCGAUGUGCACUUCAUUCAUCCGCUAAAGCACGACCGAAGUGUUCCGAAUCCCUGCAUCAUGCACCCAUGCCACAACUCGACCGUGUGUCUGCUCUCAACCGAGAAUCGUCUGCGGCGUAGCUGUGUAUGUACUGACGCCCGACCGGUGGCCGUCUUUGACGACCGGGGCGAGGUGAAGGAGUGCCUGGAAGCGACUCCGCACACACCGGAGUGUAAGCUACACUGCAACUAUGGCACCUGCUUCAUCGAUUCCGACGGUCAGCAAAAGUGCAAAUGUUCUGCGAGCUUUGACGGCAAGUAUUGCGACCAUUACAUCUGUUCCGGUUACUGCAAGAACAAGGGAUUCUGCGAGAUUGUUAACAACGAGCCCAGGUGUACCUGUGUACCGCAAUGGACCGGCAAACGGUGCGACAUCUCGACCAACAAGUGCCAACGGUACUGUCACAACGGCGGCAAUUGUACGAUCGUGCAGCGAGACGGUGGCUCGUUAAGCUGCAGCUGUCCGGCCGGUUACACGGGCGACCAGUGUGAGCAUUGUUCGAAUCUGCGGUGCGAAAACGGUGGAGUCUGUCGGAAGACAACCACCGACCGUAGCCAGUGUCUCUGUGCGGAGGGUUAUGUAGGACGCAACUGUGAAAAGAACGUCUGCACAGCAUUCUGCGAGAAUGGUGGCGAGUGUACGAUCGAACGGGGAGCGGCCAAGUGUAGCUGUCCGGAAAAUACGUACGGUGAACGGUGUCAGCUGCGAGACUGUCCCGACCUUUGUCGAAAUGGUGGGGACUGUGUGCCGGGCGAGCGACCCUACUGCAAGUGCCGCCAAGGGUACGAAGGCCGAUACUGUGAGCACGAUCUGUGUGAAUUGCCGGAAGGCACGCGUCCAAGCUACUGUUUGCUCAUACGACCCACGACGGAACCCUCCGCACAUCCACCAUCCAGCUCGUGUGCCUCCUUCAGCUGCAACAAUGGCGGCCACUGCUUGGAGGUGCGUGGAAUGCCACUGUGCAACUGCACGAUGCAGUACGCCGGCGAGCAUUGCGAAAGCUACGUCACUUACCGCAAUCCGUGCAAUAAUUUCUGCUUCAACAAUGGCAUUUGCCGGUUGGAUCUGUUCUCCUCUCCGAACGGUACGUACAUACCCUCGUGCGUGUGCAUAGGCGAAUGGACGGGCAAACAGUGCGACCGACCGCCGCGAUGUAUCGGCGAUUGUGGUACCUGUAUCGAAGGAAGCUCCAUCAACGAAUGUACGUGUGAGGAUAACGAGGUGAGCACCUGCCUGCAGGAGGUUUCGCUAAGCGAGCUGGAGCGUAUGGAUGCGAAUGGAUCCAGCUUCACACUGUCGGUACUGGCGAUCGUUCUGUUUGCGAUACUCAUCAUAGCGGCCGGGCUCGGUGGGACUUUCUACGGGCUAAGAAGAAGGCGCACAGGGCAACCAUUCCUGCACGCUCGGUUGACGGACAAUGUGGAAAUAACGAACCCAAUGUAUCUUGGCGAUGCCGACGAAGGUCCCGCAUUUGUACACGAGGACGAUAAGGUGCACUUUGGCAAUCCGGUCUAUGAGCAGAUGUACGCCGGAAGCGUCAAUGUUCACAGCGAUUCAUCAACGAUCGCGGGUAACAGUGCGCAUCCGUUGCUAACCACCGGUUCCACCGCACCGGAAGAGAAGAAAGGUCUGCUUCAGCAUCCCCAGGAGGACACGAUCGCGGCCGAUUUGUUAUGAUGUAAAACGAAAUAGUAGCAGUUGCUAAAGCGUCGGUUUUAGGUUCCGCAAGCCCCUUUGCGCAACAGACUGAAAACCGGCGCACGUGUUAGCAGCGCUACUACAACUUCGACAACAACAUCCGUACAUCGGCGACGGAUCGGUGAGGGUACUAAUUGGCUUUAGUUGCCUGUUGCUUUUCAAACUGUUAAAAAAAACUAACACAACAUGGCUAUAAAAAGCAUGCGGAAUCCACGCGUGGCCUUAAGUGAGUUACGCGCAAAACAAACAAACAAACAAAACAAAAAAAAUAAGCCACAAACAAAAAUCGCAUCACCCACGAGCUUUAAUGAAAAUGAUUUUGUAUUUAACGUUCCAAUGUUUAAGUUUAAUGCUAAGUGAACGCAAUGCGGGGAUUAGGCAUUGGUUCUAUAGGACGCGAAACAGACAGACAGGCAGGGCGAGAUAAGCACGUAAGAAUGGACACAUUUGUAGUAAUUUAUAAAAAAAAUUGAGGUGCUCUCUCCCUUCUUUCCCCACGUUGCCCGUGCAGCUACUCCUCUAGCGUGAAGCUAUGGUUUUAAUUUUAUGUACCACAACUAACCAGCUCCAGCUGGCAUGGGAAGAGAUAUUACGUGUAACGCCACAUUCUGGCAGGCAGCGAACAGCGAACGACCGAACAACAAAACUCAGACAUUAACAAUAAUAGGAAUAAUUAGGCUUAUAAAUCGCAAAAGGCAGCGUGUGCAGCUAUGCAAGCAGGGUUGCCGUAUGGAAAGGUCUCCCAAUCAAUUCCUCACACUGUAACGCCUGUUGCAUCUCCAGUACAAGUUCGGUGGAUUGGAAAAAACAGGUUUUUUUAACAUAACGCUGACACAAAGUAUGGUAACUCUCGCGUGCAGCAGGAGGCCGCAAGGCAUCGAUCGACAAAUAACGAUACAACGAUACCGAGGGCGAGAAGGUGGUGAAAACCUCCGCAAAAUAUUUUGUACAGUACCUUCGUUUUGUUCGUAACCGUAUCGAAUGUUUACCGAUAGGCCGACUCGCUUAGUGAUUGGGGGGGGGGGGCAGCGCAAGACGAUAUAGUAAAUUAGGAACAAAUGACCGCAAACGCUAGACAGACGCUAGAAGAAGGUGGAUUUUUCUAAGUAUGGCAAAAGCAGCAUGCAUUAGUAUGCAGCUGAUCAAGAGCUGAUGGGUGGGAACGAAUGGUAUCUUUUAAUUAGUACGUAGUAUGUAGAGAAAUCAAAACGGAAGGUGUAACCGAAUGUCCUAGUGCAUGUCCUAAGAGUAACGGAACCAUUCGAAUUCGCCACUAUGGCAGUUGUUUUGUUAUUCGGCAGGUGAGUGGAGGGUAAAAAGGACGAAUACGCGUUUUGCUCCUAGCUAAAUAAAACAAUCGAAGGCGUUAGAGAGAGAGAGAGAGAGAGAGAGAGAGAGAACGAGAGAGAGAGAGAGAGAGAACAAUCAUGCGAAAUGCGAGCGACGACUCGAAACCAAACCUAGAUAGUAGAGUAAAUAAUUUCAUUUUGCCAUUUUUCCACUCGCUUAGGGGUGAAUUCGAACCAGUGUGAUGAGUUUUGAGAAAUUUCAAACGAAACGUAAGAUUUCACACGCACGCGCCACACGCAGACCUAUCUUUGUCGUACGAUUAGUUCGUUUUGGGGUUGGAAAGCAAACGUAAUAUCGUUAUGGAUGAUAUUGCUCUAGUAUCAAUAUGCAUGACUCCUGCACGAAUCAAAGUGUGUGUGUGUGAGAGUGUUCGUUACGAGUCCGACUGCAAGUGCGGGGACAAUGAGCAGUGUUAAGAGGGGAAAAAUAUAAAGACUGUAAUUUUUAAAAAC